AUGUCACUUUUUAAAUGGAUUGGAAUGGGUGAUUUGAGGAAGCCUGCUACUAAUGAACCUUGGUCUAGUGGUUCUGAAAAGUAUUUUGGCUUGGAAAAUGCACUUUAUUUCUGUAAACCAUUCCGAGAAUGCGUUGUCAACUUCCCUAAUGGACCGAAUGAUGCAAAUGGCACAGGUGAAAAUAAAGCCGAAGAACCAUCAACAUCAAAUGUACUUAGUGAAGAUACAUUGUUUGGUGCAUUAAAGGAUUUAUUUUGGAAGAUAAGUAGUCAGAAGAAAAGGACGGGAGUUAUGGCACCGAAUGGAUUUAUAUCAAAACUAAAGAAAGAAAAUGAACUUUUUCGUUCAACGAUGCAUCAGGAUGCUCAUGAAUUUUUAAAUUACAUUCUUAAUGCUGUAGCCGAGAAUGUAAUGGAUCAACAAAAGAAAAUAGAAGAAUUAGAGAGACAAGAACAAGAGCAACAUUGUAACAUUAGUGAAAAGUCAAAAUCGUCAGUAAAUGGUGCAAGUAUAAAUGAAAGUGAAGAGAGUGGUAUUUCAGCCGAUGGAAGUUCUUCCGGGAGUUCAGAAAAUACUUCCAAUACAUUCUCUUCAAAGACAACUUGGGUACAUCAACUAUUUGAGGGUACACUAACGAAUGAAACCAAAUGCCUGACUUGUGAAACCAUCACAAGUAGAGAUGAUCCUUUUCUGGACCUUUCCAUUGAUAUUGAACAAAAUUCUUCUGUUACAUCAUGUUUGAGAUCAUUUUCUGCAAGUGAGAUGUUAGUUCACCAGAAUAAAUUUUUUUGCGAUGUAUGUUGUGGGUUACAAGAAGCUGAAAAGAGUAUGAAAAUUAAAAAGCUGCCCAAUGUAUUAGCGUUACAUUUAAAGCGCUUUAAAUAUCAAGAAAAGUUACAGAAAUAUAUUAAAUUAUCAUAUAGAGUAGUGUUCCCUUUUGAACUGCGCUUAUUCAACACGUGUGAGGAAAUUAAAGAUCCCGAUCGUCUUUAUGAACUUUAUGCAAUUUGUGUUCACAUUGGAAGUGGUCCAUAUCAUGGUCAUUAUGUGACUCUAGUAAAAAGUAUUGGACAGUGGCUCUUGUUUGACGACGAGAAUGUAGAGACGGUAGAUGAAAGUGAAAUUCAUAAAUACUUUGGAGAUUUACCAGCAACAGGAUCAGGCUAUGUGUUAUUUUACCAGGCCUGUGAUUUAGAUUUAAGUUCUCUUGGAUUACCAUAUUCUGUUUGGGCAAAUAAUGUGGCCUCUAGUUCAUCUUCGGAUUUUGAAGUAUCGGCAGAAGGGGCCGCUGCUGAAUCGCACCCUAUAGAUAUACAACUUACACCGAAACUUAAGCGAGAGCAUCGUCAAGCUCCUGUAAGGGAACCAUCAUUCUCUGAACGUUGGAUAUUAAGAAAAAAUAAUAGUUCAGAUAAACGUAAAUCAAAUACUGAUCAGGAUUCAAAGGACAAUGAUGAAAAUACACAUGAAAAGUCAUCUUCACAUGAAAAGGAAAAAUUAUCAUGGUUUGGAAAUAUAGUCGCUGAGGAAAGAAAGGCUUAG